CGGCGGAGGGCGGGCAGCGCCGCACGGCGGCGGGCGGUCACCUUGGGCGGGCCGGGCGCCAUGGCGUUCCUGCCUGAGGAGGCGCGGGAGCUGCCGCCGCCGCCGCUGGUGAACAAGGUGUCGGCGUGGCUGGGUGCGGCCGGCUGGGCGGCGGCACUGCUGGGCAACGGCUUCAGCCAGCGGCCCGUCCUCACCGCCGGUGUUCACCGCCAGAUUCUGUUCGCUACCGUGGGCUGGUUCGUUGGCUACUUCCUUGCUAAACGCACUGAGUAUAUUCACGCUAAGCAGGACCGAGAAAUGUUUGAGUAUAUCAGGCACCAUCCGGAAGACUUUAAGACAGCAGGAAAGAAAAGAAUAGGAGAGCUUCUGGAGGACUUCAUUCCGAAUCGCUGAGGGUUUCUCCGGCAGCUACAAGCCUGUGUCUCACAAAGCAUCCGCUGAACAAAUUCCAUCCUGAGAACUCCUGCAGGCUGCCUGCAGCCGGUCAUGGCUUGGGAAAAGAACUAUCAUUCAUUUUCACUGAAUAAAAGUUAAGAUUAAAUACA